UGUGGGCGCGUUAUUGUGCUGAAUGGACUCGCCCAUGAAACCUCUUGAGGCGGUCGGUCACCAUGGUGGUGGCUUACAACAGCGAGCCCAGACGGCAGACCAUCCGUCGCGUUUAGACGCUAAACCACUAUUUAUAAAUGCUGCCUUUGACCCUCCGCUGCUUUGCAAAUGGCUUAAAAUGGACAAUCACACAACACACAUUGUUUUAAAAUGGAAAACUGAAGAAGAUAGAAUAGCGAACAGGAGACAAACGGAAUGCUGAAAAAAGCACUCGUCUGCAAAAACCUUUCAUUAACACAGAAUAGCCUGUCAAGUCACAGUUGAAGCUUCAGCGGCUGGAAUAGGAAAAGCAGACCGUCUGGCUUUGUAAGAUUGGGACGAGGGACAGUAAGAGAGCUCCUGGCUUAGGCUGUGGCCUGGGGACAGGCUCUCCUCUGCAGUUGCUGCUAUAUAAAAACGUUUUUGUAUCACUAAAAAGCCACUUGUGAGAUUUGCUUGGGAUUAUUUGACUUAACUGUUGUGCGCGAUUGUUUUGAAAACCAUGGCGUCCUAUGUGGAUAACAGUUUUCGGCAGGCGGUGAUGGUGAAUCCUUCAGACAGGACGCAACAGGACCUGGAGAUCGUUUAUUCCUACUUGCAUGGAAUGGAGGCGCUGUCCAAUCUUCGGGAACACCAGCUGAGGAUAAUGUGUGAAACCGUCCGCUACGAACGACAUGAAGCCAACGAAGUGCUCUAUUAUCCGGAUGACAUUGGCACGUGUUGGUACAUUCUGCUUUCUGGAUCGGUCUUCAUCAAAGAGUCCAUGUUCCUGCCACGCUCCAGUUUUGGGAAAAGGUCUGCUGGGAGUUUACGCCGUGGAUGCGAGUGCAUCGUUCUGGAGCCAUCCGAGAUGAUUGUGGUGGACUAUAUGGAUGAAAAUGAGGAGUAUUUCCAGCGGCAGGCAUCACACCGACAGUCCCGCCGAAGGUUUCGCAAGAUCAACCAGAAGGGCGAGCGACAGACCAUCAUCGACACCGUAGACCCCUAUCCCGCCGGCAAGCCGCCCGUUGCACGGGGAUACCAUACGGAAUGCGUUAAGGCUCAGCUGCCGGCAGACUUCAGCAGAUUGCACCUGGCAGACGGGAUUCACCCCCAGGUGACACACGUUUCCUCCAGCCACUCAGGAUGUAGCAUCACCAGUGAUUCUGGGAGCAGCAGCCUGUCGGACAUUUACCAGGCCACCGAGAGUGAGCCCGGCGACAUGGACCUCAGUGGCCUGCCCGAGACGGCCGUUGACUCCGAGGAGGAUGACGACGAGGAAGAUAUCGAACGUGCCUCAGAUCCCCUCAUGAGUCGAGACAUUGUCCGAGACUGCCUGGAGAAAGACCCCAUGGACCGAACGGAUGAUGACAUAGAGCAACUGUUGGAGUUCAUGCACCAGCUACCGGCCUUUGCCAACAUGACCAUGUCUGUCAGGAGGGAGCUUUGUGCUGUCAUGGUGUUCGCUGUGGUGGAACGGGCCGGCACAGUCGUCCUUAAUGAUGGCGAAGAGCUGGACUCGUGGUCUGUGAUUCUGAACGGCUCAGUGGAGGUGACACACCCAGAUGGCAGGACGGAAAUCCUGUGCAUGGGCAACAGCUUCGGUGUGUCCCCCACCAUGGAGAAAGAGUAUAUGAAAGGGGUGAUGAAGACCAAGGUGGAUGACUGCCAGUUUGUUUGCAUAGCACAGCAAGAUUACUGCUGUAUCCUUAACCAAGUGGAGAAAAACAUGCAGAAGGUGGAAGAGGAGGGUGAGAUUGUGAUGGUGAAGGAACACCGUGAGCUUGACCGCACAGGCACCAGAAAAGGACACAUUGUCAUCAAGGGCACACCAGAGCGUCUUACCAUGCACCUUGUAGAAGAGCACUCGGUGGUGGACCCCACCUACAUCGAGGACUUCCUGCUUACCUACCGCACCUUCCUGCCAAGCCCCAUGGUGGUGGGCAAGAAACUGUUGGAGUGGUUCCAUGACCCCAGCCUCAGGGACAAGGUUACACGGGUAGUCUUGCUGUGGGUGAACAAUCACUUCAACGACUUUGAGGGUGACUCCGCAAUGACGCAUUUUCUCGAGGAGUUCGAAUACAAUCUGGAGAGAGAGAAAAUGUGUGGGCACCUAAGACUGUUAAACAUAGCAUGUGCUGCCAAAGCUAAGCUGCGGGUGGUGACCCUGACCAAACCCUCGAGGGAAGCACCCCUGUCUUUCACCCUGCUGGGGGGUUCAGAGAAGGGCUUUCGCAUUUUCAUUGACAGCGUGGAGCCGGGCAGCAAAGCUGCAGAGGCCGGCCUUAAACGAGGAGAUCAGUUACUAGAGGUCAAUGGACAAAACUUUGAAAAUGUGCUGUUAUCCAAAGCCAACGAGAUUCUCAAAAACAACACGCACCUGUCCAUUACUGUGAAAACCAAUCUCUUAGUGUUUAAGGAGCUACUGGCCAGGCCUGACCAGGACCAGGAGCUAGAACUUGAGGAGGAGCCAGACAGGAAGAACGGGGCACCUCAUAUCCCCAAAAUCGGGGACAUUAAGAAAGCCAGCCGCUACUCCAUCCCUGACCUGGCUGUGGAUGUGGAGCAGGUCAUGGGUCUUGAGAAAGCUAGUAAGAAAGCCAAGGCCAACACCGUAGGUGGCAGAAACAAGCUGAAGAAGAUCUUUGACAAGACACUGACCAGUAUUCUUCCACCCAAACCUUACAAUGACGUUGGCGUGGGACAGUCCCAGGAUGACAGUAUUGUGGGGCUAAAGCAGUCAAAGCAGAUCCCUCCUGCCCUUCCUGUUAGUGGAAACCUUUCAUCAAGCAACCCUGACCUGCUGCAGUCACACCAUCGCAUACUCGACUUCAACAACCAGCCUGAAGCAGUCCCUAUAAACAUGUCAGACCAGGUAUUAAGAGUGUUCAAGGCAGACCAGCAAAGUCGGUACAUCAUGAUUGGGAAGGACACCACAGCAAAAGAAGUCGUAGCUCAGGCCAUCCGAGAGUUUGCCUUGACCGCUGCCCCUGAAGCAUAUUCGUUGUGUGAGGUGUCUGUCACUCCUGAGGGUGUCAUCAAGCAGCGGCGACUCCCUGAGCAACUCUCCAAACUGGCCGACAGGAUCCAGCUUAGUGGCAGGUACUACCUGAAAAGCAACAUGGAGACGGAGACACUGUGCUCGGAUGAAGAUGCCCAGGAACUACUAAGGGAGAGCCAGAUUAGCCUACUGCAGCUUAGCACGGUGGAAGUGGCGACCCAGCUGUCCAUGCGCGCCUUUGAGCUUUUCUGUGCCAUCGAGCCCACAGAGUACAUUGAUGACCUGUUUAAGCUGAAAACUCGCCUAACCGGACCCCCCAGCCUCAAGCUCUUUGAGGAGGCCAUCAAUCGGGAGACCUUCUGGGUGGCCACAGAGGUGGUGCGUGAGCCCAACCAGCUCAAACGCAUGAAGAUCAUCAAGCACUUCAUUAAGAUCGCACUGCAUUGCCGCGAGUGCAAGAACUUCAACUCUAUGUUUGCCAUCAUCAGUGGUCUGAACCUGGCACCGGUGUCCAGACUGAGAGGCACAUGGGAGAAGUUGCCCAGCAAAUAUGAGAAGCUGUUUAGUGAUCUUCAAGACCUAUUUGAUCCCUCCAGGAAUAUGGCGAAGUACCGGAAUCUUCUAAACAGCCAGAACCUGCAGCCACCCAUCAUCCCACUUUUUCCUGUAAUCAAGAAGGAUCUCACCUUCCUGCAUGAAGGAAAUGACUCGAAGGUGGACGGUUUGGUGAACUUUGAGAAACUGCGGAUGAUUGCUAAAGAGAUCAGACAUGUAGGCCGAAUGGCAGCUGUAAACAUGGACCCUGCUCUGAUGUUCAGAACCAGGAAGAAGAAAUGGAGGAGUUUAGGGUCACUCAGCCAGGGCAGUGCCAAUGCAGCCGUCCUGGAUGUAACCCAGACGGGCGGGCACAAGAAGCGGGUCAGACGGAGUUCUUUCCUCAAUGCCAAGAAGCUGUACGAGGACGCUCAGAUGGCACGCAAGGUCAAACAAUACCUGUCCUACCUCACCCUGGAGACGAAUGAGGAGAGCUUGCAGACACUCUCAAUUCAGUGUGAGCCUUCAGUCAACACAUUGCCGAAGAGUUCUGGGGACAGGAAAAGACCUGACACAUCGCCCGUAGUUGCACGGGCCGCCACUCACCAGCGUCAGCAGCUUCAGAAAGCCAACCAGGCGCUUCAAGUGCCUGCCGUAGCCCUCUACCCAUCACGCAAGAAAGUGCCGGUCAAAGACUUGCCACCAUUUGGCACAAGCUCACCACAGUCUCUGAAAAAGAUACUGUCUCUUUCAGAGGAGGCAGGAGAGAGACACAGGAAACAGACAGAGGAUAGUGUGUCCAACAUCUCCUCACAGCUGUCGUCUCCUCCCACAUCUCCUCACAGCUCACCUAAGAAAGCCAUUGCAUCUAUAAGAAGCCACAGUAUGAAGGGUUUUUCCUCCUUCUGUAGAAAAUCACCAACAGGCUAUGGAAAAGCAGGUGACUAUCUGUCGGACUCUGGCCACAGCGAGAUCUCCUCACGCUCCAGUCUGGUGAGCACCUCCUCCCUGGAUAUGGGACAAAAUGAACGCAGACAUCGAUAUGGAGUAAUGGCUGGGGAGGGCCAUGGCAGUGGCCACCGGCUAGAACGCAGGGCUACUGCUGAUCCUGACCAGUACAGCUUGGGGUCCUACUCAUCAAUGCAGGACUGCCGGGGUCUGUAUGUGGGCGCCACCGUGCUGUCUUCCCCCAGCUCAGAGGAGCUUACCCAGGACCAGGGUGACCGGGUGUCUCUCGAUGCUGCUGAUUCUGGUCGUGGCAGCUGGACUUCAUGUUCCAGCGGCUCCCAUGACAACAUUCAGACCAUGCAGCAGGGCCGUAGCUGGGAGGCACUUGCAGAGGGUGCGGGGCUUUGGGGAAGCAGAGGAAGCUGGGCGUCUGCCUGCUCCUCUUCGUCCUCUGCGGCAUGUUGGGGCGAGGACUCUGAGGGCGACACGGGCACCAUCAAGCGAAGAGGAGGGAGGGAUGUGACCACAGACCCAGAGACCAGCAGCAUCACCUCCACUGGUUCAGAAGAGUCCAGGCAGCACAGUCGACGCCCCUCACCCAUCACUGCAGGCAACACCAAGGCUGUGAUCACACGGAAGGAUGGUCGUUACCGAGACCCUCCUCCCACGCCGCCGGGCUACACGGCACUGACCAUCACAGAUGCAACCGAGGGUACGGCUCACUCGGGCAGGAGACCACCGGACUACACCACCGCCUUGCAGCGCUCCCGUCUUGUCACACAUUCCCCCGACUCCCAGCAGCCCCCAGCUGUGGGAAAACCCACCCAUUCGCCGGACCCCCGGGGCCGAGAAGAGGAGGAGGCAGAGGAGGUGGAAGAGGAGGGUGAGUGCUUGUCUCCCAAACUCAGAGCUCAAAGGAGGAGAGGUCCACACACAGCAGUUCCCCCCAGGCCAUGAGUUACAUACACCACCCCAACAGGAAGAGGAUGAACAGGUGUCUGCUGUUUGAAAGGGGGCGACACUGGCUGCACUGCUGCAUUGACUCAUGGCCAAUAUGGGGCAUUCACAGGUCAGACAGACAGACCAUCCAGUCUACAUUUUGCCGGCACUGCCUCUCUCCCUCAAUGAUGGAUUCAUCUCCCUGCCCUGCCUUAAUGCAUCAUGGGGGGUUUAAUGCCCUGCAUGCUAAGAAAUACUGUGAAGAAAGGAGGCGAGCAAAAAAAUAACUUAUUUGACACUUUGGAGAAUGGAAAAAUGAGCUGAACUGAAACUCGAACACAGCGCUUUGACAUUCACACACACACACACACACACACACACACACAAAACUACUGUUAACUGUUAUCUUCAGACAGUUCCCUCUUUCCUUCUGCUUAAAGGUCACAUGAACGUUUAGUAGUGCCCCUCAGCACUUUUUAACUGUUUUUAAGGUGUAAACUGAUGCACACAAUCAACAUUUCAGUCACCCAAUUCUGGACAUGCAGUUUGGAUGGCAAAGAAGGCUUGACUACAACUUAACGCCACUCCUUUUCACAUCAGUCCUGAUGACAACACUCAUAUCUGUGUGGUUCAAUAUAACAGUAUUAUAUUUGCAGGAGCACGACUUGAAGGACAUCUCUUCUGCUGGAUGACUAUAAAUAGAGUUCACAUUGACUCCUGACAUACGUAGCACACCGAUUUAAUCUGGGCGCUUUGUGAGAGGAAAUGAUGCUAAGUGAAGCCUUAGUGAGUGAUUUUAUUGGUUUUUGACUGCAGUGGGUUUGAGAGCUGUAAGAAAGCAUCAGGUUUGGUCAAAGGCCUCAUAACAAACAUGAUACAAAAACAAAAGGCUGAAUAAAUUUACAUCUGUUGGUAAUCGAGGCUCCAAAGUCCAUUAAAAGUGAAUCAGUUCAGCUUCAAGAAGCUUUCAGUGAUGAAGAGGAAAUGUACACACUCAUCUUUGAUAUGACGCAGGCGGUUUUAUCAGUUCAGUGCCUAUCCAGCUUUAAAAGCAUUUGCUGUGGCUGUGGCACAACAUCAAGCCCCCUGUUGGUUAAGGUGAGAACUG